AGCCAAUCAGCGCGGGCCACGGUGAGCUUUUUUCGGUGUAUUUCCGCGGAUCCGCCGCCUGCAGCAGCAGCUAACAGAGGACCGUUCACAGAGCUGUUAUAACCAUGAGACCGCUUUCACUCGGAGUGCUGUGCUGCUCCCUGCUCCUCUCUGUGCAGGCUUUCUACUCCUCCAGUGAUGAUGUUGUGGAGCUGACUCCCUCCAACUUCAACAAGGAGGUGAUCCAGAGUGACAGUCUGUGGCUGGUCGAGUUUUAUGCUCCCUGGUGUGGCCACUGUCAAAGUCUGACUGCUGAUUGGAAGAAAGCAGCCACCGCCCUCAAGGGUAUCGUGAAGGUGGGCGCCGUAGAUGCAGACCAGCACAAGUCACUGGGAGGCCAGUAUGGCGUCAGAGGGUUCCCCACCAUCAAGAUCUUUGGAGCCAAUAAGAACAAGCCAGACGACUACCAAGGUGGGCGUAGCGGCCAGGCCAUCGUGGACGGAGCCAUGAGCGCUCUGCGCUCUCUGGUGAAGGACCGGAUGAGCGGCAAGGCUGGCAGCUCUGGAUACAGCAAGCAGCAGGGUGGUGGCGGUGGCAGUAAGCAGGACGUGGUGGAGCUGACUGAUGAUAACUUUGAUAAGCUGGUGUUGGAGGGAGACGACGUCUGGCUGGUGGAGUUCUUCGCCCCCUGGUGUGGACACUGCAAAAACCUGGAGCCUGAGUGGGCGGCUGCAGCCUCAGCUGUCAGGGAGCAGACCAAGGGCAAAGUUCGCCUCGGAGCCGUGGACGCCACGGUCCACCAGGCCGUGUCCGGACGCUACGGGAUUCGUGGAUUUCCCACCAUCAAGAUUUUCCGUAAAGGGGAGGAACCUGAAGACUACCAGGGGGGGCGUUCCCGCGGUGACAUCAUCGAGAGGGCUCUGGACCUGUUCUCUGAUAACGCCUCUCCUCCUGAACUGGUGGAGAUCCUGGGUGAAGACAGCUUGAAGAAGACGUGUGAGGACAGUCAGCUGUGUAUUAUUGGAGUCCUGCCACACAUCCUGGACACAGGUGCAGCAGGUAGAAAGGGCUACAUGGAGGUGAUGAUGAAGAUGGCUGAGAAGUACAAGAAGAAGAUGUGGGGCUGGCUGUGGACCGAGGCCGGGGCUCAGAUGGAGCUGGAGUCCUCUCUGGGGAUCGGGGGCUUCGGCUACCCCGCCAUGGCCGCCAUCAACACACGCAAGAUGAAGUUUGCUCUGCUGAGAGGCUCCUUCAGUGAGACCGGCAUCCACGAGUUCCUCAGGGAGCUUUCUGUGGGCCGCGGCUCCACCGCCACGCUGGGAGGAGGCAACAUGCCCAAGAUCCACUCUGUGGAACCCUGGGACGGCAAGGACGGACAGCUUCCUGUGGAGGAGGACUACGACCUCAGUGACGUGGACCUGGACGACGACUUCGAUAAAGACGAGUUAUGAGUCGGAACGUGAUCCAGACCAGACCGGUUUGGUUGGAUCUGGUCUGGACUGCUCCUGCUCCUGCGUGACCCGCCUCCCCUCUCCUGUGGACGAAUGGGAGGCCCGGUCGCCCAGUUACUGAAAUUUUCCAGAAAACGACACGAGAGACACCUGCAGUUUCUCACAUCAUCUGUGUCAGUCACACGGGGACACGAGGAGGAAGAGGAGGAGGAGGAGGAGGAGGAGGAGGAAGAGGAGGCGUGGCGUCCCUUGAGUGAACUCUGCCUCACAUAACUGCUGAACGUUAGACGCUGCAUAUUUAUACGACCACGGCCAGCUGAGAGGAGGAGGAGGAGGGAGGAGGAGGAGGAGGAGGCCUUUCUAGUCUAGAUGGAAUUGUCCAAAAAGUGAAAGUGAGGAGCAUUUAUGGGUUUAUUAAGUCAGGAUCUGGCCUACUUUACUUAUUUCCAGGGUGCUGAAUCCCAAAAAAAAUGGUUCCCAAGCCAAAUUUUGAGUUUUUGACCUUCUCAUUUGCAUAUCAAAAUGGCGGCCGUUGGUCGUUGGACCAUUUCCCCUUAGUUUUUUUGUAAGUAGGCAAUCAAAGAUGAGGAAAUUAAGUUUCUGGAUCUAUAGUCUAGGGUCAGAGCAAGGAUAUAGUGACUUGAUUUGAUUUGAUAAAUCUUUAUUGUCCCCGAGGGGCAAUUUGUUCUGCAUUCAGUAGUAAAAAAUGUCACACAACAAACAAAUAAUCAUAAUAAAUACAAAACACAGAACAUAAAAACAUUAAAGCAUAAAAGCAUAUGGGAGAUAGUGGAGGCUCAGUGUCUUUUUUUAUGCAUAUAUAUAUAUAUAUAUAUAUAUAUA